AUGCUGUUCCAACAGUACAUACCGAUUAUGAACCCUGCCACCCGAUAUGACAAAGGUCAACCCGUCACGCGACAUCCCUCUCAUGCUGCUAGCAGAGCUGGAACACAAGCUCCUUCCCCCAUCAGUAGAGUUUCAACAGUAUGUACCCAUCCACCAACUAUCUCAAGGCCUGGUUCUCAAGCAGGUACACUUCCUCCCGAUAUAUAUGAUGAUGCGGCACGAUCAGACCUCGAAGAAGUUCAUGGUGUCCCUCAUGUAUUGCAUGCUACUCCCCCUAUUCAUGCUAUUCCCUUGACACAUGCUGCUCCUUCUACUCAUGCUCCUUGCACUCCUUGCACUCCUCAUACCUCAGUCACGCCCAUCGGUGGUAUUCAUCCAGACCAUGAAGCUGAAGAACAGUUGGCUCGUAUGGAUGACAUGGAAUGA